UGGGAGGCUUCUGGACAAAAGUGUCUUGGCCAAUAAUCCUGGCACAUGGAAAAGAAUAAGAUGGCCAUGGGCCAUGCCAGGAAAAAAAGAUCUUCUCCUCAUCAUAUGGAGAUCGUCAGACCAACCUUCAGGCGACUGGAGAAGCAGACUCAUAUGACAGGAUCUUUGUGUUUCUCUCCAUCCUGAAUAGCCUGAGCAUCGCGUGGCCAUACCAGCCCAAAUGGAGGGAGGCCUUAAAAAUAACAGAAUGGCGUGCGCUGCAGUUCAGGAUGGGCUCUGUGUUCACGAGCAGCAUAAGCUCGUAGAUAAGGUGAUGUUUCAGCUCUAUGAGCUGCAGGACAGGGCGAUCACCGCAGAACGCAGAGCUGCAAACCUUGAAGCAGCACUAAAAAAGGUGAGAAGGCAGCUGCGCCUUCGAAAGGAGACCCCGCCCAUGAUCAUGGCCUCUGCGGCAGCAGAGGCCAACCGCGAGCACUCAAACCGGUCUUCUUCCACAAGGUGCUCCCUUCUCCGGGUACGCCGCCCCGGCGCCGGUGCCCGUCCCGGAGCUGCCAGUGUGGCAUCCAGACGCCAGGUGGCCAGCGGCAGCGCCGGUCCCUGCGGGGCCCAUGCCGCUCAGGUUCGACAUCGUGUGGCUGGGGCACUAUUAGCCGAAAUGUUUCAAGUUUAAAGUACACUCCCAAGCCUUGCGGCGCUUGGGCUUCUCUACAGAAAUUAGUUUCACGCAAGAUCAAUUUAAAGGAAAACGUUCCAUCCACACAGCGAAAAACUGUGCGCGUGUAUUCAUAAAUAUACUGAAUACAUAUGCCUCAUGAUUUGGGUGGCACUUCGAUAGGCCAACCGUCCCUAUGUUUUGACUUAUGUCACACCGCUGUUCGAUGUUUGCCCCCCUUUCCCUCCGACGAGGCAUCUUUUGGGGACACCACCAGAGCACUCCACCGGAGCUCUUACGGGAUGAUCAAGACACACACAGCUUAUAGGAUUUGUUCAAUUGAUCCUUGUUGGAACCAUGGUGAAACCGAGGAUUGAUAUACUUGAAAGCUCUCAUUUUUGGUUUAACCGUUUGCUCCCUAGGAGCCAUGGUGUCGAGGCGAACGUAAAUUCCUUCAAUCAAGACGUCGGGCGAAUGCAGAAAUCAUGAUUUCGGUUUCGAGGUUUCAAAAGGUGUGGGCCUUGCAAAUUUCAAAAGGUUCGGGCUCAAUCAGGAAAAGAGACAUAUAUAUGAUAUAUGCUGACACGACGAUCCAUGCGGAUGCCUUCCAAUCCGAAGGAUGCGGUUGAGGCUUUGCCUUCGCCUGGGGGCUUGAACGGCCCUAGGGCUCUAGGGCAAUGAUCAAGUAUAGGCCCGUGGCUGGCAGGUCUAGAGUGUCGCGACACAACCUUCUUAAAGCCGGAAGGGAACCCUCAGCAUUUGGGGAAUAGGAUGAGAUGCACUUUCGUUUGUAAGUGGGAAGCACUGGGAAGAACGGAUGGCUGACGGCUUCAAACGCGCCUCGAAAGUGUGGUGCGCAAAAGCUUGGCGCCAUGAUGGGUGCAGAAGAAGGGGAAGAAGGCGUCGGAAGACGUCUGCUUUGGGGAAGCAUAGCAGGGUCACACUCCGGGUUUGCAAGUUAAAGGAAAGUAUGAUGUAUUGCUUAAGAGUACCAUCAAAGGUAGAAGGCAAGAGUUGUUGCUUUUGUUUUGCUGCUUCAAAGUACUCAAAAGUAAAGUAUAAUUGCCCCCAAAUGUAGAAGGAAAGAGUGCAGCUGACCACCCACGAAGCGCAAGUGCUUUGGCCAGCUGAGCGUGGCGCCAGGUGCACCGUAAGUGCUGAUGUGACCACAUGCCAAUGGAAGGCCGGCACGGCACCAAACUGUGCCUCGUUUUCACCGGUGACGAGG